AUGUUUAUGGCAACUCGUGCUUUGAAGUUGGCUAAGUGGAAUGUGAUAUUUGGUGGUGGUGGUGGUGGUGGUGGAGGGGGUGACACUUCUACGAGUGCCGGCAUGGCGACAAACGGUGCUUGAGUGGAUAGUGAGUGGAACAAUCGAAUGCUGAUUAUAUCUGCGAUUGCCAUGGCUGGUCCGCUUCACCUCUCGGUCGCCCGCUAUGUGAGUGGGUUUGGGAAUAAUGCACCGUCAGCCGUGGCGUCGUCGGUUUGA